CCACCAUGCUACCUGCGGCCGCCCCCGCGGCUCCUGGAACGCUCCUUCGCGGGGAUGACAGCCACCCCAAAGAAGCCGCCGCGGUUCUGUGCUUGGACAAUUUGAAAAUACAAUAGUUGGUUGCCCCGUCCACCCGCCCCGCUUCGCUUGCCAUCACAGCACGCCUGUCGGAUCUGAGUGGAGAAGUCCCGCUGCUCGGGUUCUCUAUAUAUACGCCUAACACCUACAUAUAUUUUUAAAACAUUAAAUAUAAUUAUCAAAACUAUAAAGGAGAAAAGGAAGGGAAACAUUACUGGGUUACUAUGCACUUGCGACUGAUUCCUUGGUUUUUUAUCAUUUUGAACUUUAUGGAAUACAUCGGCAGCCAAAACGCCUCCCGGGGAAGGCGCCAGCGAAGAAUGCAUCCUAACGUCAGUCAAGGCUGCCAAGGAGGCUGUGCAACGUGUUCAGAUUACAAUGGAUGUUUGUCAUGUAAGCCCAGACUAUUUUUUGUUCUGGAAAGAAUUGGCAUGAAGCAGAUUGGAGUGUGUCUCUCUUCAUGUCCAAGUGGAUAUUAUGGAACUCGAUAUCCAGAUAUAAAUAAGUGUACAAAAUGCAAAGCUGACUGUGAUACCUGUUUCAACAAAAAUUUCUGCACAAAAUGUAAAAAUGGAUUUUACUUACACCUUGGAAAGUGCCUCGACAAUUGCCCAGAAGGGUUGGAAGCCAACAACCAUACCAUGGAGUGUGUCAGUAUUGUGCACUGUGAGGCCAGUGAAUGGAGUCCUUGGAGUCCAUGCACGAAGAAAGGAAAAACAUGUGGCUUCAAAAGAGGGGCUGAAACACGGGUCCGAGAAAUAAUACAGCAUCCUUCAGCAAAGGGUAACCUGUGUCCCCCUACGACUGAGACGAGAAAGUGUACAGUGCAGAGAAAGAAGUGUCAGAAAGGAGAACGAGGAAAAAAAGGAAGGGAGAGGAAAAGAAAAAAACCUAAUAAAGAAGAAAGUAAAGAAGCAAUACCUGACAGCAAAGGUCUGGAAUCCAGCAGAGAAACUCCUGAACAACGAGAAAACAAAGACAAACAGCAGCAGAAGAAGAGAAAAGUCCAAGAUAAACAGAAAUCGGUAUCAGUCAGCACUGUACACUAGAGGGUCCCAUGAGAUUUUUGUAGACUCAUGAUGCUGCUAUCUCAACCAGAUGCCCAGGACAGGUGCUCUAGCCAUUAGGACCACAAUGGACAACAUAUCUAUUACUGCUCUGUCUAAACAACAUUCCAAAUAGUUGCUAUAUUCUUCAUACAAGCAUAGUUAACAACAAAGAGCCAAAAGUUCAAAGAAGGGAUACUUCCAAAUGGUUAUCCUAUGUGCUUCUGUGCAUUUUUAAAAGACAAGAAAUUUUGUACAUAAUUAUCACUAGGCUAAAAGAUGUAACAACGUAAUGAUGGCAUCUGGAGAAGAAACAUCUUUUCCUUAUGAAAAUAUGUUUUCAAGCUGUUGUUUUAAGAAGCAAAAGAUAAUUCUGCAAAUUCAAAGAUGCAAUAUCCCUUCAAAACACUAAGAGAUCAGAGGAGAGAAACAUCGUUCAAAGGACAGUGUUGUUUUGUCCAGGAGAUCUAUAGAGUGCUCAGAAUUAGGGCCUGGCAUUUGGAAUUGUAGGAUUUAUCAUCACAGAGACAACUGUUUUAAAAUUAGUUCCACUGCCCUCAUCCCGUACUUUUGCAAGAAACAUGAGUGUGCAUAUCAGAGUUAAAUAAUAUGUAUGGGAUUGGAGAAAGGCAAAAUGUGGAAGAAAUCAUAGAGUUGGAGAUUGCUUUUGUGCUUUACAAAACUGUGAAGGGUUGUGAUCACCUGGAACAGGUCUCCAAUCUAUGUCAACACUGUGUGGUUCAGCCUCUGCUGCCCCUUGGAUUAUACAAGUCUAUAAACAUGUGCCUGUAAUUUACUUCCAAAAAAUGAUACUUAUUAGAAGAAAAUUCUGAUUUCAUAGAGAACAAAACAUAGAGCAAGGAGAAUAUAACAUGUCUGCAAAGUCAUGCAUUUUCUUUCUCAGUGAGGGAAAACAAGUUUAUUACCUGCUUAAUGGUCCACCCGGACCUAAAAGGGAUACUACUUUCUAACAAGGUGUAUCUAGUAGGGGAGAAAGCCACCACAAUAAAUAUAUUUGUUAAUAGUUUUU